UAGUCCCCCUCAUUCGCUCUCAGACCGUCUGUCUGUCCUGGCUGUCGCCAGGAGGGAAGCUCGUAAAAGUCCUAGCGAAUUCGUGAACCAAACGGAUUUUAGGUCCCUUCCGUGAGUUUGUGUCCGUUUCCCUGCUCUUUGAAGCCGGGUUUGUCUCUUGACGGGCGGUUUGUGACGCGAUUCGCCUGGGAUUGACUUGAAGUUCCCAAGAUGAACUUCGGACCGGUGCUCGGGGGACUCUGGGUGGUGGCGCUCUUCGCGGGGCUCGUCUGCCACGCAGCAGAGCCCCCGGCAUCUCAGCGGUCCGCCGGCGUCCACAGAAACGCCACUCUUCGGCAGCAUCAGGCGCAGUGUGUGGAGAACCAGCAGUACCCCCACCAGGGGCUGUGCUGCCUCAACUGCCAGGCCGGAACAUUUGUGAAGAAGCCCUGUGAAAGAGACCAGCAGCAGGGGAUCUGUGAGCCCUGCGAGCACGGCCAGACGCACACCGAGCACUCCAACGGGAUGGGCCGCUGUCUGCCGUGCAACCACUGUCGCCAAGAUCAGAUUGAAGUAGCGGCGUGCACCGUGACCACAAACACCAGGUGUCAGUGCAAGCCGGGCACUUUCUGUGCUCCAGAGCAGGCCUGCGAAGUCUGCAAACGCUGCGCCAAGUGUAAGGCGGGUGAGGAGGAGGUGAAGAAGUGCACCCCGUUUUCUAACACCGUUUGCCAAAAACGGGGCCCGUCCUCCACCGAACCUGCGCCAGUGCGCCCCUCCCCGACCUCGGCUUCAGCCUCCCAAACCCACCUGGUCCUUUAUGUCUUUCUCCUCCUGCUCGUUGCCAUCAUCGUGGGGGUCGCUAUUUGGUGGUUUAAAGGCAGACCCUCAUGUCAAACACCAUGCGUGAAGAGUCACUGUCAGAGCAGCGAAAUCGUCAAGAUUCCCAUCGACGAGACCACAAACCGUCCAGAGGAGCGGCAGAACAAGCAGAACUCGGGUUUGGAGUGCGAGGAGCCCCGCCCCGAGUCGCGGCCGCUUUUGCAGGAGACCCAGGUCGGGAUGACGAAGGCGUCCCCUCCGCUCGAAGACGAGGACCGCGGACUCGGAGACAGCUUGCCCAACACGACCAGCUCGUCUCAAACCAGUCUGUCGGCUCUGCCCCCCACUGCAGCGUCCUCGGGCAGCACCCCCCGCCACAGCCCCUCGGCCUUCAGACAUCUGCCUGCAGACAUGGAUGACCCCCUAAAACAUCGACUCGUGCCGCUACUAGGGUCAGAGAAGUCCUUAAGGAAGAGCUUUGACCUGUUUGAUGAAUAUCUGGACGUGCGGAUCCACAACAAGUUCUUCCGACUGAUUGGCAUCAGCGACAACCACAUUCGGAUCGCAGAGAACGGCGCCGCCGCCGACAAAGUCUACGAACUGCUGAAGAACUGGAUGCAGAAGCAGGGACUGAAGGCCGACAUCAACAACCUGCUGGACGCUCUGCUCAGUCUGGACCAGCGCCGCUCGGCGGAGUGCAUCGCCUACGAGGCCCUCAGAAAGGGCUACUAUAGGCACGCAGACGUGCUGUGAAGGAGCAGCGAAAGACGCAACGCUCCCGGACGAAACGGCGUCUCAGGCUAAACCCUCGCCGCGGCGGAGCAGCCGCACUUCAACGAGCCAGUAGAUUUGAGAGAAAAAAAAGGGGAAAGUGGAUGUUUGUCCAUUUUGAGACUUUUCUUUUUUCUUUUUCUCCAGAAGGAGCCAAAAAAAAUUCAGGCAGGCAGCAUCGGCUGCAUCCCUGAGACUGUUUUUCAAACGCUGAACUCUGUAAAGUCUGCGGCUGUGUUUCUACUCAUCUGGUUCUCCUGCCAGAUCCAAAGACACUACCAGGAGGAGAUACACUGGUUUGUUGGAGUGGCAUUAGCUCGGCCACUGAAACCGUGCCUGUUUUCAUGCACUGACCUUCGGCACAUGUAGGAUUGAAAUCAAGAUGAUGGUUUGUAGAUUUCGACUUCAGAUGUUUCCUUCCUUUCAUUGACGUUUUUUCUUCUUAACAGCAGGAAAGCAAAGACAGAAGUUAAUAUUCGUCCUUACUAAUCGCAAACAACCUUCCUAAAAGCUAGUUUUUGGUUGUUGGUUUUUUUCUCUUUCAGCCUCCUAGAAGCCCUCUUUUGUCCAUAAAUAAUGUUGGGGAACUUCAGAGGUCAUUUUUAUUUAUUGAUCUAUUUAUUAAAACGAAUAAUUAUCUCUCAAUAUUUAUGCAGUUGCCAAAAACAAACUACUCUGCAGAGCAGUCUUUCUGGGCUUUGGCGUUCAGCGACGGCGCCAAACGACUGAAUUUUCGUCUUCCCGCUUGUCGUCUGCCGCGGCCGGCGUGCCGUUUUUCGUACUUGCGGGUUUAGGACGGCGUGGAAAUGCCCGUGAAUCCAUUUUUUUUUAGGUCAACAGUUCAUGUCCGGCGCGGGUGCUGGUACGGCUCGUUUCGUCUCAAUUGGACCAGAUGAAGGAAAUCUUUUCUAAAAAGCUGUACUCUCAUCCCUCACAGCCCCCCCGAGUGUGUACAUAUGUGUCAAAACGGUGAACUCCGAGGCUGCUGGGGCCAGAAAUGUUGGGGUUUCUGCAUUUUCUCAUGUAUAAAAGUCAGAGUUCUAUAUUGUUAAAGUGUUGCUCCAGUGCUGGCACUGCCGACAAAGAAACUGCACCCGGCAUCAGUUCCUUGGGACAUUUCAAGCCCCCCCCCUCCACCAACCAAACCUUGUUUUCCUAAAGCUGCAGUGAAUGUGCUGCCCUCUUUGUACCAUAUGGAGUGAAUGUGUGAGUGAAUGUGUGCAAUUGUGGGGGGUUUUUUAUGUCUGUUUUUACACACUUUGAUUGUAACUAUGAGCUGUCGGCUCCUUUUACUCGUGUAACUAUUCUGUUACAGUUUCUGUCCUAUAUAUCUGCUCGCCAAGGAUUUCAAGAAUAUACAUUUGUCACAACUGUUUUUACAUCGAUUUCAAAUAAAUGUUUUGUACAGAAAGACAUA